UUGGGUUGUUCAAAACGAUGUCACUCGCUGAGGCUGCAGAAGAGAGAAAGGCACGAUUAUUGGCUCUUAAAAGGCGGAAAGAAGGAAAUACUGCUGACGCAGAACCUAUCCUAAAGUCCCGUAAUUUCGAUCCCGCCACCAGAACACUCAAGAAACAUACCAGAGACGAUGACACCCAAUUGGAGGAUACCGUCGAGAAGAAUGUCAGGGGUUUGGCUGAGCAAGUAAUUAAUGAGGACGAGAAGAAAAGAGGAGAAGAACUGGACAUCUUCAACAUUGCGCCUAAACGUCCCAACUGGGACCUCAAACGGGAAACUGACAAAAAGCUGGCUAAACUGGAACGGAAGACCCAGGAAGCAAUACACACCUUGAUUCGUUUGUGCUCCGUUGGCCUCCUACAUCAAUCACUGACAGACGUGUUCUUGCCUAGGUCAAAGGCUUGCAGCAGAGAAGGGACAAUCUGAUGAUAUUCUUGGUGCUAUGAAGGCUCAGGAAAAGGCGCAGGCUGACGAGGAUCCUGACUCAGACGAAGAUUGACCUCUAGAGUGGUGAAUGCGUCCUUGCCGAGGAUUAUUAAAAUUGAGCAACCUCAUCAUACUACGACAGAAAUAUACAGGACUUAGCGCUCACGCAUGGCGCGGCAGAGUGGUCUCUUUUGGUCAGCGACACCAGCCGAUGUGGUAUUAAAUUUGUAGGGUUGGACGAGUUCGAGUGACGAUGAAGUGUUGUUGACCUCAUUCCCCCAUCAAUAGGAACGGCAUUUCUUCAUCGAUGCACACGGGGAGCGAAUAUAUAUUAACUUCAUAAUGAUACCAACA